AUGGAUGGGGUGUCAACAUUUCCGCGGGGAUUCCAGGGUGAACCAGAACCUCUGGGGGAGCCCUUACCACAUCCUGUCAAUCGCAACCACGGACCAUCGAAGAGAACUCAUCCAUUUCUGUUUCACCCAUAUUCACACCAACCCGGGAAUCACGAGGCAAGUGCAGCGGAUUCCCAAGCUCCCGAGUCUGGACCAUCCAUAGUCCAACAACCACUACUCCCCUCGUAUGCUGAAAGUAAUCCUUUGCACAUGGAGAUUGUUCGUCAAUGUUCACUGCCUCCUAAAUCAGAAGGCGAGAAAAAGUUAGUCGAGGAAGCCUUGACCAAUGCCGUCAACUCCAUCUGCCCUCAUACACAAGCAGGGACCAGAAAGCAAUGGGUCAAAAAGAAUAAGAAGGCGCUGUACCAAACGAUUUCUGAUCCUUUCAAAAAGAUCAUGGCCGCUUGCAAGAGAAUCGCACGAGCCAAAAUCCAAACUGGAUAUCGUUUGCGUCCUGAACCUUGGUCAGGUAUCUCUGAACCCGAGCACCAGAGACAAAUAGUCCAAGACCUCAUUGACGACAAUGUCUUCCCUCCCAAAUUUAGCGCCGGGAAUGACGGUCAUGCGCUUGAGAACAGGGUGUUAUGGGACAUCAUUCUCAAUGCUCUUCAGGAAGUUGGUUACCAACGGUACCUCAGAACGCUGGAUAGUAUGAUGCCGACAGCAAUCGUCGCUGUGUACUGUGCGUUAUCGGAACUGUCAAGUGGAAGGUUGGUAGAUGUUGAAUUUGGGGCUGAUGCCUUUCGAGACCGGUAUGACGCACUGCAGGAUUAUAUUAACCAGAGAGUCGCCCAUGACGUAGCGUUUUUGGAGCGAUGGAAAGAUUACGAGCAGGUUACUCGUGCUAGGUUGCUUGAGAUUUAA